CUUUCUUCUGGCUACCGGGGCAUCGUCGACGUGAUGAAGGUGAUUGAUCGGAGGGCAGCGCUGCUCUCCGACUUCGAGGUCCUCUCGUUGAUGCGCGAGAUGGAUCAGCAUCACAGGAGUACCGCACAGCGACCUAGUCUGGUAGCUUAUGAUGACUUGCAGGCACCCAAGGAAGCAGACGACGGCCCACCGACGAGCCUGGAAUCUGUCGCCGACGAAAAGGCACUCUCUUCGCUACCUUCGAACCUGCGCACUAUCCAAUAUAGCGUCCUGGAGCACCUGAGCUCGGUCCAGCGGCCGUGCGCGCACCAACAGCCUCGUCACAUCAGCUCAUUUCUCUCUGCUUUGAGAAGAUGGGAACGUGGUUACGACGUCGAGGGCGUCACACUUUCAGUUCCUCCAGAAGCGGUGCUCGGUGGUGAACCUUCCUCUGGGGCCGAGCAACCUGAAGGACUUUUUAGGGGCCAGGAGGAUCUCGAAGAGUCAUACGAAGGUGACAGGACCAUGGGCGAGGUGACGAUGGGAGGAGGUCAGGCAGAGGCGGGGACAUCGAAUAGCCAGCCUGUACCGAGGGUCGCAAAGGAAAGCCGGCUGACAAAAGGCGAGAGGCUGAUGCUUGUCAACCAUGCGCCCAUGACGCUCAUCGAGCUGCACUGUAUUGUCGAAGAGGUCAUGGCACGCUUCACUGAGCUGCAGAUGGCUGACAUGCUCGCCCUCGUCGCCCACUUUCUACCUCUGGACACAAUUGCAAUCGCCGCCGAUGCCGAACGCGAGUCGAACGAGGGGCAGGCUCAGCAAGUGUCUGGCGAAGGCGAGCAGGAGUACUAUGGUCAAGACGAAGUUGACGAAGUGAUGGAAGACGACGGCAACAUCUACGAGGAGCAGCUCGAAGCGCUUGAAAAUGAGGAGCCCGCUGGAGAUGCCGUUGGUGCCGAUGGACCGGAUGACGACUAAUGGGCAGAGACGUGGGCUUUAAGCAAUUGUAUUUCUACUCAAGGCUGUGCUUUCGUGUGUCGUGGUUGAUAUACAGG